CCAGCAUUUUUUUUUCAACUCCAUCAAUUUUAAUUUUAUUAAAGUGCAUGCAUAAUUGGUUGAAGCUCAACGAAACGUUAAAUUCAAAAAUUUGAGGCAAACACCACCAACAUUAUACUUCUAUUUUUUUUCGUACUACAAAAAAUUAGUAUAUGCUAUUUUUAGUAGAUAUUUCUUUUUGUUAACAUAGUAAGAGCAGAAAGCAAGAAAAAAUCAGAUAUUUUAUGUUAUAAAAUAUCAUUGAUAUUCAAUUUGUGCAUUAUGAUUUAACGUACAAUGUCUGAAACGGAAGGAGUAAUAAAUGAUAUAAAAUUAUUACUACUUCAAAUUAAUACAAUGGGCUCAACGGUCACUUUACCUCAACAUUUACUCUUCUUUCUUCAUUUUCCCAAAGCAAUAAAAUAAAAUUUUGUCUCUCUACAUUUCCACCGCCACGUACCGCCGUUAUGCCUUCGUCGAACCACCUCAUCACCACCGUCCUCCUCCUCCUCCUCCUCCUCCUCCUUCCUCCUCCACCAACCACCGCAAAAUUCCGUGAAGCUCCGGCAUUCAUCAACGGCAAAACCUGCCCAAUUUCAAAAUACCCAAAAUACCCUUCCGAUCCAUCAACAAUCCAUAUAGCAAUGACACUGGACUACUCUUCCCCUUAUCUCCGCGGCUCGAUAGCCGGGAUACUCUCCAUCCUCCAGCAUUCCACCUGCCCGGAGAACAUCUUCUUCCACUUCAUAACAAUACAAGGACGUGUCAAUAAAAUUAACACCACGAUCCUCUCAACGUUCCCGUACCUCAGGUACACUCUCUACGCAUUCAGGCCCGCAUCCGUCACCCCUCUCAUCUCGUCUUCCAUUCGCCGCGCCCUCGAUGAGCCGCUCAACUAUGCCCGUAUUCACCUUGCGAAUUUACUAACACCUAGUGUGAACCGGGUUAUUUAUCUCGAUUCUGAUAUCAUAGUUGUCGACGACAUCGUCAAGCUAUGGCGAAUCGAGCUGAAUGGCAGGGUUCUAGGUGCUCCGGAAUAUUGUCAUGCCAAUUUCACGCAUUAUUUCACUCGUACAUUUUGGUACCAUCCGAAUUUUUCGAAGACGUUCGAGAAUAGAAGGCCUUGUUAUUUUAAUACUGGAGUUAUGGUUAUUGAUUUGCAGAAAUGGAGGAAUGAUGGAUAUACUCAAAAACUUGAACAUUGGAUGAGAGUUCAAAAAAGGUACAGAAUCUACGAACUAGGUUCAUUGCCUCCAUUUCUAUUGGUAUUCGCCGGAAAUGUAAAGCAAGUUGAGCAUAGAUGGAACCAACAUGGACUUGGAGGUGAUAACCUUGAAGGACAAUGUAGGGAUUUACAUCCAGGGCCAGUGAGCUUGUUGCAUUGGAGUGGAAAAGGGAAGCCAUGGCUAAGAUUGGACUCAAAGAAGCCAUGCCCAUUGGAUAGUUUAUGGGCACCAUAUGAUUUGUACCAACACGAAUCGUUGUUUUCAGAUAGCUGAUGAUGUAGGAGACUCGAAUUUGAGAUGUCUGACUGAACACGUCUGACAUUCUUAUCAGAUGUGAUGAUGACGCAAACUCGAGACCUCUAUGACUGAGGUUAUAAAAAGACAAAUGAGGAGAAAGGUGUGUAAGAUAUAGUGGUGUGUGGGGAAGGGUAGUUUUGGGAUUUUGUGGAGAAAAAGGAUUCACAUAUUUUAAUUGGUGGGUUAAAGAGAAUUUUAACCAUUGGAAUGAGAUUAAUGGUGGAUGUACAAAAAGUGGGAUCAUGGUGAUGAUGUGGAGGUUUUUGAUUGGUGGAUGGGAUCUUGAUAAUGUAUUUUUGGAAAGUGGUUGGAUUAUGAGAAGAUUCUUGUGUUGCUUUCAUAUAUUUUUUGUUGUUGUUUGGGUGAUUUAUAUGAACUUUUGACCUACUUCAAUUAUUUGCCUUCUUUUUUUGGUUUGGGAUGUCAUUCAUAAAUCAUAAAAAGACUAAAAUGUGGUUUGAUACUCUUUCAUUGAUUUUUUAUAGUCCACAACUCCACAUCAAGUUCA